AUGCUGACAAUAUGCUCCAAGACCAACUUUUACAAGACUUUCACACGGCCCGUUGCCAAGGUUCUGCUCAUGGCCAUUUUCACCUACCAGCUGGCCUACUGGGGGUGGGUGAAACUGGAGCAGGAUGAGAUCCGCGACCAGCGCGAGAAAGAGAUCACUGGGCUCGAGGCCGAGGUCAAGCGCCUGCAGGGUCCGCCUGCCGCCUCGUCAAGGUGA